AUGGGGCGGGCGGGGGGCGCAGGGCCUGGGCGUUAUUACCAGGGGCUGCCUGAGGGCGGGGAGCCAGGGGAGAGCCACAGGAAGUCUCCCGCGCUCGAGCGGAGCAGUGCUCGCUCCUCGCGGCUCCCGAGGUCGCCCUCCCCUUGUCCCUCAAAGCCCCUCUCCUAUUCUCUCAGUCGGUGCACAAGGGACGCCGCCGCUGCCUUCGCCGCCGACCCAUUCUGCCCAGCCAGUCUCCUGGCUCCGCUGGCGCCGUGUGCACAGCCAGAGCGGCCUGGCUUCCCCGGGGACGCAGCCGCGGACCCGGGCUGGGACAGCAGCCGUUCGCCCCCCACCCCUCCUCGCGAGCAGGAGGUUGGGUGGAAAAAUAUAGUUCCAAAGGGGGUAAUGAUCAAGCUUUUCCUCUCGGAAGCCUGCGCCACCUCAUUUCCCAUCAGUAAUCCCAAUAAAAUUAACGUCGUGGCUGCAAUUGAAAAGAGAAGGGCCCGCGACACUCCUGAAAUAACACACUCUCCCCCAGCAAAAGGGGUCUCCUUGUUGGGCGAGCAACUCGCUCAGCUUUCCGAGAGACAAAAAAGAGAGGAGAGCAACCAGCUAGAAUUGGAGACGGAGGUGGAGGGUGAGUCCAGCCAACCCGGGUCGGCCGAGAGCCGGCCCGGUCCCCAGCGACUGUCUCUGCAGAGGCCCUCGGAAGACCCUCUCCGGGAGGCCAGGCCCGUCCCCCGGGCGCCCUCGCCCGCUCUCCUCCGCUGCACACGCGCUCCUGCUAGGGGCGCAGUCCACGAGGGCUCCGCACGGUCCCAGGGCCUGCGACCACCCGCCCGGAACCGGCUGGCGCUCGCCCCCAGCCCCCAGCCCCCAGCCCUUAGCCGUCGCUCCUCCUCGGCAACUCGCGCCAGCAAGUCCUGCCCACGUCCGGCGGGGUUCGCGGCCCGCCCCCCUCCGCAGCUUGGCUCCGGCCCGCGCAAAACCCAGGCGCAGCCCCUGCGUGGAUGCGCUCUGCCACGGGCCGGGGUCUGCGCAAGCCGGCUCCCGCUGCACGGCGGCGGGCGCUUCCCGCACGGGCGCCCCGGCCCGCGGCCCCCAGCCCCCAGCCCCCGGCGCGGGCUGCGCUGCGAGGCGCGCGAGCGGGCGCCGGCCCGGGGCUCAGUCGAAGUGGCCCGGGCAGCGGCCGCCCCUCGCCCUGCUCCCACUAUUGUUGCCUUCCGCGUCUCACCCGGCUCGCACACACCCCCGAGCGCCAAGGGGAGGAGGGGAGCGGGGCUGGGAAAAGAAAUAAAAAUGGAGGUAGAGGGGGAGGGGAGAGGCAGGCCCAAGUUAUCACAGAUCCAUGAAAAACAGACCCUUCAGCGCUCCAUCACUGAAUGUGAGAUCCUCUCAACAACCACACUGGACGAGAACCACAGAGUAUUUUUAAAAAUCGCACCUACUUAA